AUGUCGGGUGUGAGGGAAGAAGCUGAUACUCAACCACAUCUUGCCAUCGGUUUGCCGAUGACGAAUGAGAUAGAGUCUACAACUAUUGUGGUUUCACCGGAGGGAAACUAUGUUGCUACAUUCCAUAAAGAUGUAGUGAGAGUAUGGAGUUUAUCUGAGAAAACGCCGGAAAAGAAAAAAGAAACGUGGGAGGGUAAUGCGUAUCAAGGACUUGCUGUUUCCGAUCAUGAAUAUCUGGCAGUCGGUAAUGUUGUAAUCUCUUUCGGAGAAAAAGAAGACCCGUCACUCGAACCAGAACUGAAGAAUUUAAGAAGUUCGAGUACAACGUCAAACACAUAUGGCCUCACUAAAGAAACCUGCGCAAGCGGUUUCAGCAACUUUCACUAUGCGUUUUUUCGAUCUCGUGAAUUUGUUGUUGUGAAUGAUGUCGGCGUUCAUCGUUAUGAGACUUGUGAAAAUCGCUGGGAGGGCAAAACGACCGAAUUUGAUUGGCCUUUUCCAGCAGAGGAUGCUUUCAGUAGACGAGCACCUCACAAGCCCGUUCGAUACUCCAUCACCAACGGGAAAUUAAUAUGUGUAUGCAGUAACUACUUGACACAGUGGGACCUUGAUAACGAAAAAAAAGAAAUGGAAUACUACAUUGGAAGUGAUUCUACCCGGCAGAGAGAACAUGGUGAAGAAGAUUAUGUUAUUGCAAUAGAUUCUAGGAGUACUUUAUCUGCAUUGGUGACUAAGGAUGAUGAUGCUCAGACAUUGACAGUGUAUUGGAUACAAACAGGACUUCCAAUGUCGACGAUACGAGUAAAGAAUAAUACCGACGAUUGGAUCGUUGCUAUGGAGUUUAUAGAGACAUGGGAUUAUCUUUUGUUGCUAACUGUGACGAAAGAAGGAAAAGCUAUGUUAUGGUAUCCGUAUAAUCUCGAACGCGGAACUCCACUGGAUACAAUUAAUCUUCAAGAGUACGUUGAUCAGACUGAAUGGAGGGUCAAACGAACAUUUGUAAUUAGUAGAGCAAAGAUAAUAGUAAAUACGGAUGAUAUACCUGAGGUCAUAUGCGCAGUAGAAGAUCGCAUCAAAACCCUCAACAAGAAUCGAUUCAAUCAUCCACCAAGUGCUACUCCUAUUCGGCAUCUUUCGUUGAAAAAAGACUAUUCAUAUUCAACUAUUUCGGUCAAUGGUAUAGAAGCUGAUCUGGAAGCAACAGAUCCUUUCGGAGCAUCUCUUCGUUGGACUACAGAUUCUGGCCUUUGUGUUUACAAAAAUUCAUUAUCAUCCCCCGUCACUUCCAUCAAUGCUCAAGAGUUUAAAUAUUUUGGAAAGGUGACACAUGCAAAAAUUUUGGAUAACGGUUAUUUGGCUAUAUUAACCGUUAGAUGCUUAUGCAUAUUUUAUCUCAGCGAGAAGGAUACUAUUGAACUUAGUUAUUACUGGGAUAAUGGAAUGAGGCCUAGUAGCGUACUCAAUUAUCUGUACGAGCUGACAGACAUUUCUCUCGACGAACAAAUGGAUGAUAGUCGGUCAAACUUGUUUUAUGCGAAGCUUAAUUAUAAUGAUGAUACACCCUUGCCAUUACCUAGCUUCAAAAGUAUUUGGUGGCAUAAGCGAAAGGCAUUGGAAACUAACCAUUUAUUGAGAAAAAAAUUAUUUGAAAAUCUCAUUAAUUUGUUGAUAACUGAAGAUAACCUGGCCAGGUAUGGAAAUAUAUUGCUUGCUGAAGCAAUUGAACAACGAGACGAAGAUGUAGUCGAGUCUAUAAUGAAGACUUGUAUUGGCUGCUUCCACAAUAACUCAAUCCAGUAUAUUGGCUUUUUGCAACUUGUAACCGACUCACUACCAGAGUUGUGUGUGCACUAUCCUGAUAAGGCCGCAAUAUAUUUUUCAAAUAUAUGUUUAAUUUUGGCUCCACAGUGUCGCUCUGUAAACAGUUUGAUGCUACCUUUCAAUCGCAUUUGUGCUUUUCCAUGUAGAACAGGAAAUCCGUGUGGACUCAUAAAGCGGAGUAAAUUGGCCGGUAUGUUGGGGAUAAUGAACGUAUUCGAACGAUAUUCAUUGAAGGGGGCAUGGCGGAUUGCGUGGCAGUUGGCGUUGCAACUGGCGCAAAUUGUACUGCGUUCUAAUACGUCACUAGCAAGGUUGCUCCUGAAAUCCUCGGCUCUGAGCGCAAGCAUCAGCCAAAUAGACAACAUGAUAGAAAGUUUCUGGUAUAGAGCAAGACUUGGUAAAAGACGGUCUACAUUAACUCUCGUUGUCCGAUUACCGAACUUUUGUUCGUACCCUCAGCAGUUUUCAAUCGUGAAAGACUAUCUUCUCCCGGCACCAAGUCCAUUUGUUAAAACUGUCAUUAGCAGAGCACCAGAAUUGUUUAGAACUUGGGAUGGAGAAGCAUUGAUAAACUUCAAAUGGCGAGCAUUUGGAUUUUAUUAUUACAUACUUGUUUGCAUGAUAUUUAUAGCCUUUGCUGUAUGUUUCAUAACUGCAAUAUCACUAAUAGAUGAUAACUCAAAUAACAACAUGAAACAAAAUCUCUUCAUAGCAACUGUUGUGCUAGCUGUAUGGCAUCUUCAUCUUGAAGUUAGGCAAUUCAUAUGGAACCCGAUAUAUUAUGUCUUGUCAGUAUGGAAUUGGUUCGGAUUUGCACAUGCACUGUUUGUGCUGUUGAAACCAGAACCUGGCAGCUCAUGGGAAACGCCGUCAAGUCCAGAUAAUAAUGAUCCUAAUGAUCCAUGGAAGCUGACAACAACACUUGCCACAACGCUAGAUAAUGGAACGAUCGUGAAUGGCACGUCAUUGGUUGUGAAACCAGAUGAAAAUACUAACGUCUAUACGUGGUUUAAUACGUCACUUUUGGGAGCAUACAAGUUUCUUGUUGGCGAUUGGUCAUCUGUCGCAAAUUGGGGCCCAAAUGACAAUCCACUACUAGUCGUGAUGACAGUUUUAUUCUCUUUCUUUGUUGUGAUUUAUUUAAUGAAUCUCUUCAUUGGAUUGUUAAAUAAUGCAAUCAACACAUAUCAUGAAUAUGCAUCAUAUUUAGCACAGAAGGCAGAGGUAUUGGCAGAGAUAGAAUUAUUUUAUCUUACCCCAAGUCAACGAAGAUCAGAAUGGUUUCCCAGUACCGUGCACUUUGAGACUGAUACAAAAGAAUUACGGAAAGUUUUGAGAGAAAAUAUUCAAGCCGACCCUGAGUAUCCGUCUAAACUUUCAAAACAUAGUAAGAAAAUGUUGGAAAUCCUGAGUAUAAAUGAAUAA